AUGAGUCAUAAUGAAGACAUUAUAUCAAAAUGUGACAAAAAACAAAAGUCUCCCUUAUUCGUUGCAUGUGAAAAUGAUCAUGCUAAUAUUGUUAACAUGCUCGUCAAUAAGGCAAAACAUGCAGAUAUAAACGAACGUGACGCAAAAGGAAGAUCGCCUUUAUUCAUCGAUUGUUUCAUGGGACACGAAGAAGUUGUUGAUGUUUUGCUUAAGAAUGAUGCUAAAGUUGACCUUUGUGAUAAAGACGGUCGAUCUCCGUUCUAUAUAUCGAGCAGAGGCGGAUAUGUAGAAAUUAUGAAAAAACUUUUCGACAAAGAAGCAGACAUUGAUAUCUGCAACAGAUGGGAUGGAACUGUUUUGAAUGUAACAUGCAGAGAAGGUCAAUUGAAAGCCGUUCAAUUCUUAUUAGAUAAUCAAGAAGACAUAUCCAAGGCGGAUAAUAAUGGAUACACAGCUAUAUAUAUGGCAUCAGAUCAAGGCCACUUAGACAUUGUUGAAAUUUUAUUGAAAAAGGGAGCAAAUGUAAAUGUACAGACUAUUGAUAAAAUGACGCCACUUCACACAGCUUGUGCACGCGGACAUGUAGAAAUUGCACGAUUGCUUCUUAAUAACAAAGCCGAGAAAGACAUAACAAACAAUUCUAAUGCAACACCGAAAGAUUUAGCAAAGCAGAAAAAUAACAUUGCUAUUUUGAAUUUACUUUCCGAUAGAACAUAA